AAAGAACCCAUUUUCUAAACUCUCUUCACCCCACCUAUAAAUACCACCAUUUUUCACUUAUACUCCCAAAAUCCUAAUCUUCUUCUUCCCCAUUUUCCUGGAAAAAAGAAAGAAAAUCAAAACCUUCAUGAACAACAAAAUGCAAGAGCAGUUAAACAAUCCCCAAUUCAUUUCCAAUUCCAAAAGCUUCACCGACAUUAGAACUCUCCUCUCCAAUCUCCUCCUCUCUCCCCAUUCAACCAACACUCUCGAUUCCAUUUUCUCCCACUGUCUCCCUUCCUCCGCUGCUCCUCCAACGGAGUCGCCGCUUGGCUCCUCUGUUUAUCUCCGCCAGAGAGAUCUUGUCCACCAAUUCUGUUUAGAGAAUCGAGAUGCCUGCUCCUCGGCCAAUUUGCACCUCCACCCACUUGGAAUCUCCACUGGAUAUGGUGGUUUUCCGACGGCGGUCAAGAAGAAGCUGUACAGGGGAGUGAGACAGAGGCAUUGGGGAAAAUGGGUGGCGGAGAUUAGACUGCCGCAAAAUAGGAUGAGGGUUUGGUUGGGAACUUACGACACGGCGGAGGCCGCCGCGUAUGCGUAUGACAGGGCGGCGUAUAAGCUCAGAGGAGAAUACGCGAGGCUGAAUUUUCCGAAUUUGAAGGACUUUAGAAAUUUGGGAUUCGCGGAUUGCGGCCGAUUGAAUGCUCUGAAGAACUCUGUGGAUGCAAAAAUUCAAGCAAUUUGUUUGAAGAUGAAGAAGGAAAAGGCUAAAAAGAAUAGCAAGAAAUCGGAUCCCAAAAACGGAGCCGUUUCUGAAUCCUGUUCGAUGUCGUCGUCGUCGCCGGCAGUGGAAGAGUGGUGUCGGAGCGGUGAAAUGGGGUGCUCGUCUGUGGUUUCAGAAGAUGGGUUUUGGAGGUCGGAGAAUUCUCCGCCGGCGUCAUCGUCGUCCUCAGGUUCGGCGGAGUCAUCGGCGGCGGUGGCGGCGGAGGCGGUGGUCGGGGAAGGUGUUUGUGAAGGGUAUUCUUCAUUGGCGAAGAUGCCGUCUUUCGAUCCAGAUUUGAUCUGGGAAGUUCUUGCAAAUUAAAUUAAAUUAAAUUUCUUUUUUCUUUCAAUCUAAGUAAUAAAAUUUCUCAUAUAGUUUUUGUAAA